CUCACAUCGAAACCAACCGUUGCACACAUGCGGAGAAAUGCGGACAUUGAUCACAUCAAAACCGUGUAAAAUGUCCAGUGGCAAAGCGCUGUUUCAAGACCGGCGCACAAGCAAUUGCCGAAGCCACAUUAAGGAGAAUGACAUAAAACAAUUGUAUAAUAAGCAAACACUCACAUACACGCAAUCGCACAUACACGAAUACUAGAUUCAGUUAUGAUUCGUUUGCAAAAAAAGAAGCGACUUUGCUCGAAAAAAUGACAAACAACGGAAGACAAAAGAAGAUGAUGCAAAACGCAAAUUCUACGCAAUAGCACACCGCAAUAGUACAGUAAAGUUUGAUGAAGCAUAAAAAUGAAGAGAUAAAAUAGCAAGCAAGCAACAAUGGACAACAAUAACACGAAACAACUAACUGGGGUCAAGUAAAAGAGGGCACAAUAGUAUAAAACCAAAAUACAAGUGCUGACUACAGCAUGCAGCAAAGAAGAAGAAAAAUUACAACAAAAAGUAAAGUGUUACAGUAAAAAGUAAUUACAACAAAAAAGCCACGAAAUCUUAACAAGAGCGGAACAAAAAUGGAUUAAAAUAUGUCACUAGAACACGCAUGGAAAACGUUUCCGACACCUAGCGAAGCGCUAACGAUCCAAAACAGGAAGGAACAAUGCAAGAACACAUAGUACGUCACUGAUGUGAGAUUGUGAACAAUUAAAAAUCAAAGACUAUUGUACAGAAUGAGGUAAAUAGGAAGAGAAGCUAAUAUGGAAACACUUUCACGAAACGGUUCGAAUCUCAGCUUUAAACGAAAUGAAGCGCACCGCGCAUGGCAUUGGCAAUAGCAGCAUUUCCGGACGGUUUUACGUUACGGCAUUGGCGCUGUCUUUUCUUUUUCCGUUUUUUUUUGUACAUCCUACCAUUAUUCGCUAAUUUUAGCUGAUGCAAUCGAUCCUUUUGCUAAUUGCCUAUCCAUCUUUUACAAAUUUACAUUUAUCUUCCACUUUCCUUUCCGUAAGCGUGUAUAUUUUUGAUUAGUUUACAAUAUCCCUCUCUCCCUUUAGUCAAUUUUACCGCUUAAAGCCGAGACAAGAACCAAAAGGAUCAUCAUAUAUAUUGUAAAACUUAACAUGGGCAGUAUGCAAAAUGAGAGAACUUUUUUUUUGCUCUAGUUGAAGGGUUAUAUUUUAUUUGGUUAGCCAAGAUUGUAAGUUCUAAUUGGGAAAAAGCUUUAUCUUUUGUUUAUUUUAAGUUACUAAAACACCCUUUCAACAAACUACGAUCCGAACCGCAGAUAUAGGUUUCGCAGAAAUGAGUCAUAAUGCAUUUUUCCCCACACUUUUUCAUCAGGUGAUUUUGCAUAAUGUUAAUUCUAUUUUACACGAACAAAGAGAUUGUACUACUAUUAUGUAGGGUUUUUUUCUGUGUCUUGAAUUUGUGUUUUAAGUAGUUCAUGAAAAACUUUUCCGUUGUUAGAAAAUACAGAUGAAAAAAUAAUCACAAAGUAAGAAAAGAACCGUUAUAUAAGUUGUACGCCUUUAGCAACGCGUGUGGCUCUGCUGACAUCAACAGUGAAACAUAGAACAUUUAAACGGAAACAACCGAAAUGCGACAUGCGUAAAGGGGAAAACAAAAUCGGAAGAUGUACACGAGCCACGUAGAAGGGAGGAGAGGUUUGUUACGGAAAUGAUACUAUAUAAGAAGCGAACCGUGGAGGCAAUUGAAACUAUAGAAAGGUAUAUCCAUAGCAUUUUAAGGCUGGAUUGUAAAAGUAAUAAAACUAACACAAAUUGAAACAAGA